AUGGCUCGUCUGAAAGGUGCUGCCAUUGCUCCAAUGUUGCCACUGCGCCAGAAAUUCGUGAUCAUUGCCGUUGCCUUCCUGGCCUGCGCCUUCGCCGAUGUAUCGGAACUAGCCCAGCCCGGCUAUGACUACCCACAGCCGGCGCCACCAGCGCCCGCACCAGUGGAGACCUACAUUCCACCCGCACCCCCAGCACCACCAGCGCCCGAGUACAUCCCACCGGCACCAGCUGCACCGCUGCCAGAGUACAUCCCACCUGCACCUGUGGCUGCACCGGCUGAUGCCUACAUUCCGCCUGCUGCUGCGGAGCCCGUCAUCGAGGAGAUCGAGCAGCCUGCUCAGGAUGGCUACCGCUAUAAGACUGUGCGUCGUCGUGUCUUCCGUCACCGCAACUAA